AUGAUAUGGGUAGAACAAUUCUCAAAUCCCACAAUAGCUUCUUCAGCAGGAGUCUUUAAUUUAAUCGAUCCAUCCUUAGAUACAAAGAAAAAAAUAAUUGCUCAUACACGGAAACAAGUAAUUAAUCCAACUACUCCUGAAGAUACUCAUUCUAAUUUUAAUACUCAUGAUCCUCAACAAAAUAUGAAUUUUCCUACUACAUAUGAGGAACUUAUGGCUGUACACCGAGAAAAACUUUUGGAUUUAAAUCUUACUCUUUGUUGA